GAGAUGCUUCUAUGGCCACAAUGUUCUGAAGAUUCAGAGCAGCCGCAGCGGGGACAGAAGGAUGGUGAAGAAGUUUGGCAGCAUGUGACUUCCAGAAGGAGAAAGAGGAGCAUCCAUGUACCAGCAAUGGAGAUACAGGAACUGGGAAUCUGAAUAAGGAAGUGGGAAUAAGUGGAUCAAACUCAGCCUAGUGAUGAACCAUCUCGAUCUUUCUCAUCAUGCCAGUUAUAGAUGUAAUCAUGCAGCCAAGUUCACCAGAUAUUGGCAGACAGCAGAGGAAUGAAGAGCUUUCCAGAACGGUCAGUAACAACCACACAGAUGAACCCACUGACACACUCAAUGCUUCAAGAAAAUCUUCUCCUAGCAAACAGUUUCAGUUUCAACAUCCUCUAGCCAACUUCAUUUUCAUGCCAGACUGCUGAAUUCACCUGGAAUCAGUUAUAAAGGCAAGGGGUCUGAUUGCUGUUCUUCCAUGGAGUUCCCAUUUUAUCAUGGAAACAUAACGAGAAAAACCUGUGAAGAAUUACUAAGCAAGAAAGGCAAGGAUGGCAGCUUUUUAUUACGAGAGAGCGAGAGCGUGGCAGGAGCCUUGUGUCUUUGUGUUUUCUUUGAACGGCUCAUCUACACUUAUCGAAUCUUCAGGGAACAUGAAGGUUACCUUCGGAUUCAGACUUCUGAAGACGUUCCACAACGGGUCUUCAAAACAAUAAAGGAUUUAAUAUACGCAUAUGAAAAGCCAAAUCAAGGACUCGUCAUCAACCUUCGCUACCCAGUAAGGAGACCGAAGCCCCCAAGGAGGAGAGUAAGGAAAUCCGAGGUAGAGGUGAAUGAAGUUUAUGAUGAAGUUGAAGAAGGAGAUUAUGUUGAUGUCUUACCUUAAAUCAGCUGCGACCUGCUUUUUUGUCAGAGGUCACGUCUUAUCCUGCCCCCCAUCUCAGCAGAUCAAAUGUAAAAAGCUUGCUCUCAGAACUUAUCCUUGCACGUGCCACCACAUCUGCUGGCUGGACAUUCUCAUCAGUGGACUUGUGCCUCUGAAAUUCACUCUCCUGGGCAGCUCAUCAAAAUAACAGACUUGUACUCUUUGGAACACAAUACAAGUUAUAUUUAUUUUAUUCAUUAUUAGAAUAACUUAUUUUUAUUUUUAAUUUGUUAUUUUCCUUUUUGCUAACUGAAGUUCUAGCUGCCCCGAACUGCAGCAUGUUAGAAAAUAAUAAGGUAAAUAUGUUAAUUGCAUAUGGGUAGAUCAAAUGUAAAUGGCAGAGCUGAAAUCUACUAUGAUGCAAACUCUAUAGACUCUACAGAAUGUUAAAACCAUGUUUUGUUGUGUUUUCAUACUUUGUGCAGGAGACAUUCAUUUUGCCUCAUUUUCAGCUAACUGGAUGGUGUAUUCAGCUUCAGAAUCUUUAAUGUCUUGAAGGAAUAAUAUCAUCCUGUAGCACUAAUACAAUCUAAGGCUGCUGACAAAAAAGCAUUGACAAGUAACAGCAACUGAAAAUAGAGAAUAUACUAUACAGUGUAAAUAAAUGGCCUGGACUGUUUUCAUAUCUAUAAAUGAUAUUGUUGAAGACUUACUUUGGGACUGCAAGUUUUACACAGAUGCUUUUAGGAACAGUUUAAUUUUUUUAUAUUUAAUAUUUGUUGCAUGUAUUUGACA